AUGGCAAGCAUGGGAGAUUCCGUCUCCGACACCACUUCAAGCACCAUGGUCGCAGAAAAUGGCAUCUCCACUAAUUCCGACCGCUAUGAAUUAAGACUUGAAGCCCAAUCGCCAUCCACGAAGCAAGAGCACGAUGAAUCCCGGGCAUCGGAUUUCGAGGACCUCCCACUUCGUCUACCACCAUUACUAUACUCCAAUCGCAACGCCUCUGCAACUUCCGCAGGCUGUCAUAGGUUGACACGAGAGUUGGGAUCCUCAUUUGGAUCAAAUCUACAAGCCAUUGGGGCAGAAAAUGGUGUCUCACAUACCGCGACCUUCCUCACGGGCCUUGGCGUCAUGAUCAGUCGCAUCUUGGAGAUUGAUGCCGAGUUUUGUGUUACGGUUGAUGCAUCUGACAAGGGUCUCUGUCCGGUGAGGCUACACCCAAGCCCUACACAGAGUGUUCAAGAUGCGCUCAAAGACGCAGAGAAGGCGUUGAACAGAGCUUUACGCUAUUGGCCGGUUGGCCAAAACCGCAGUCAUGAACCUACGAUUGUACUUCGUCAUGAGAUUGUUGAUGCGCCUCAGGAGGGUCCUGGGGCUACGUUAUCCGGCAAAGAGGCAAACUAUGCGGGUGUGGAGAUCAGUGUUAGGAUUACAGAGUGUUCUCUUGAUGGCUCUAUAAUUGUUACAUUUGACGUCGCCAAGUUUCUGUACACCGAAAACGAUGCUCAAUUGUUGCUUGACUGUUUUCUACAUGUCAUGCAGGUGAUGCAGACCACUAUCUCGUGCCUUGUCAGCCAAUGCCCUUUAUACGAGAAAGACGAGGCCUGGAAACAUACAGAAGUGGGCAGAGGAUUAAAAAUGAAUCACGCAUGGCCACCGACACUUCUUCACAAGAUCGAUGAGAUUGUUGCCUCCCAACCAGGCGCUAUUGCAGUCGAAGACGACGCAGGCAACGCCUGGACCUACUCCCAGCUCUCCAACCGAGUACAAUCAUUAUCCCAAGCUCUCUUGAACGCCGGUGCCACCGCUGGCCAAACCGUCGCCGUAUUCUGCGAACCCGGUAUCGACUCCCUCUGCGCACUCCUGGCCAUUACGCGCCUCGCCGCUAUUUAUGUCCCACUGGAUCUGAACCACCCGAUGGAGCGUCUUUCUCUGAUUGUGGAUGACAGCAAGCCUUAUGCCAUUAUUAUGCAUGAACCCACCCACGAGAGAAUCGCGGGAUUACAGCACUCUGCCAACAUACUCGACAUGACCAACCUCCCCACCACGUCCGAGCCUGUCCCAAUCACCUGUACUUCCUCGGACGGUGCAUUCGUCCUCUACACCAGCGGCUCAACAGGCUGUCCAAAGGGCGUUCUACUCAGCUACGAGAACUUCCUAGGCCAGAUCGCCUCCUUCACGCGCGAGUAUGGGCUAAAGAGAGAGCGAGUACUCCAGCAAAGCUCUCUGGGUUUUGACGUAUCGCUGCACCAAACCUUUGUUGCUCUAACGACAGGCGGGACGCUGAUUAUCGCAACGAAUAUGAUUCGGCGCGAGCCGAGCCAGCUUGCAGAGCUGAUGCGGACGACUGCUGUGACCUUCACGCUGGGUGUGCCGUCUGAGUAUGCCGUGCUGCUGCGCUACGGAAGGUGCCAUUUACAACAAUGUCCCGGUUGGCGAUACGCUGUGUGCGGAGGCGAGCGGAUGACGGUGUCGCUGAAGCAGGCGUUUCGGGAGCUGGGAAGUGCAGGCCCGACGCUGGUUAGUUGUUAUGGUCCGACGGAGGUCUCGCUGGCUUCAUCGUACGGUGUGCUCUCGUACACAGACCGGUCUGCUGGGUCGGAAGACGAGAAUAGCCCUGUCGGAUCGACACUGCCUAACUAUGCUGUUUAUGUUCUGGAUAAAAACAUGAAUGCCGUUCCGACUGGGUUCCCGGGAGAGGUAUACGUCUCCGGCGUCGGUGUGGCGUUGGGAUACUUGAACAACGAGACUCGCACGAAGGAGCGAUUCCUUCCCGAUCCUUUCGAUGUCGAGGGAAAGAGUCGGAUGUAUCGAACGGGAGAUCGAGGGCGUCUUCUACCUGAUGGAUCGCUUGUUUUUCUGGGCCGCAUGGAAGGCGAUUUCCAGGUGAAGUUGCGCGGAAUACGCAUUGAACUGGACGAGGUUGCGAAUGCGAUUGUUUCGGCAUCGAAUGGCGUGCUUCGUCAAGCAGCUGUUAUACUGCGUGGCACGGAAAAUAAGUAUCUUCUUGCCUUCGUUACUUUUUCGGAGGGUUGGGCUGGGAAUAAGGAGGAUUAUCUAGCGGGACUUCUGCAGAGAUUGCCGUUUGCGCCGUCAAUGAGGCCUGCGCAGCUUCUUCCCCUGGAUAGGUUGCCUACUAAUGUUAAUGGCAAGUUGGAUCGACGAGCGCUGGAUACAUUGGUAAUUCGGGGUGCUCAACCGAAGAGCAACCAGCCUCUGAAGCAGAGUGGGAACGAUACCGAGAAUAGGCUGAAGGAGGCGUGGAAGGCAGUGCUGGGUGAAAACAACUCCUUAGGCGGAUUCGAGAUCAGAUCGGACUCGGAUUUCUUCCAAGUCGGAGGUAACUCGCUUCUCCUCGUGAAGCUACAGGCUGCUGUCGCCGAGACCUUUGGUGCUACGAUUCCGAUCCGCGAGCUGUUCCAGAUUAGCGUGUUAAAAACCAUGAGUGCACGACUGGCCUCUACCCAGACAGAGACGGAGGAAAUAGAAUGGGAUGAGGAAGUGAACAUGCAUCUACGACAUUUGAACACACCUCUUCCCUGCAUUUCGACUAACUCUCGACCGGCCCAGCACGGAUCCCAGGUCCUUCUAACAGGCACAACGGGCUUCUUGGGCAGAUACAUUCUCAGACGUUUGGUCGAUGACCCUGCCGUACACACCAUCCAUUGCCUUGCAGUCCGCCAGCAUAGCAUCUCAUCAAACGGUACAUUGGCAAGAAUAUCGUCUCCCAAGAUCAAACUCUGGCCGGGCGAUCUCUCCAAACCCUAUCUAGGCCUGAUGGGCUCCACAUUCACACGUCUCGCUCAAUCAAUCGACCUGAUCAUCCACAACGGGGCGGACGUUUCUUUCCUCAAGACAUACAGCAGUCUGCGUGCGCCCAAUGUCCAAUCAAGUGUUGAACUGGCUAGAAUGGCACUACUCAGAGGAAUCCCACUACAUUACGUCUCCUCCGGAGGGGUCAUGCGUCUUGCCUCUCCCAGUUCGUGCUCGACUCCAGACUCUGAAGCAAGCAGUCAUUCGGGCUACUUUUCAGGCUCGGAACCCAGUCUUGAAGGCCCCGCCGACAAGCAGCUUUUCUACCCCCCAACCAAUGGCUCAGACGGCUACAUCGCUAGUAAAUGGGCGAGCGAGCAGACUUUGGAACGAGGACGCGAGUUCGGUCUGCGGUGUUAUAUUCACAGGCCCACAACGCUUGUUGGCGAUGGCGUCCCGAGUACGGAUCUCCUGCAUAAUGUCCUGCGCUACUCUGGGCUUCUGAAAGCCGUGCCGCGGUUCAACAGUCUAGAUGGAGUUAUUGAUAUGGUUCCUGUUGAUGAGGUCGCUGGAGGUAUACUGCGAUGUGCUCGCGAGCAGGUGUCAGGGGGGAUUACGUGUCAUUCUGGAGCUCAGGUGCCUCUGUCAGACCUUGCUGGGUAUGUAUCCGAGACUAGCGUGCCGUUGAAGACGUUGGAAAUGGAAGAAUGGGUGCACCAAGCUACCAUUCUCGGUCUUGACUCUCAGAUGGCAUCGGUGCUGCUCAGCGAAGAGGGCAGGAAAGGUCACGGGUUGAUCAUUCCGCAGGCCUAA